AUGUUAACGGAGUGUAUACCUCUCCUUAAUAAAGAAAAAUGGGAAUCGAUUACUAAAGAAUUUGAGACACGAGCCAAUUUUCCACAUUGCCUAGGAGCAGUCGAUGGAAAACACAUCAGAAUUAUUAAUCCCCUAGGUUCCAUGUAUUAUAAUUACAAAGGCUAUUCAUCUGUAGUUUUAAUGGCCGUAGCUGAUGCUAAUUAUCGCUUUGUAUAUGUCGACAUCGGGAGUUAUGGAAAAGAUUGUGACUCGUCUGUAUUCAAAAGGUCAUCAUUAUGGACAUCAGUUAUAAAUAAAAAGCUAGAAAUACCUAUUGAAACAAAUGUAACCGGAAUAAAAAAUCACAAGUUACCUUAUUUCUUCGUUGGAGAUGAAGCAUUUGCGCUCCACAAACAUUUACUUCGCCCUUUUGGUGGAUCGCAACUUACAGAGAAAAAAAGGAUUUUUAAUUAUCGCCUAAGUAGGGCUAGGAGAUAUGUAGAGUGCACUUUCGGAAUUUUGAGCAACAAGUGGAGGAUAUUUCACAGACCAAUUAACUUGGAACCCGACUUUGCAGUUAUAAUUGUCAAAGCUUGUGUCAUUCUUCAUAAUUUUGUUCGAGACAGGGACGGAUAUCAAGUUGAGGACACCGAAGUAAUAAUAGCUCUUGAUGAAUUACAAAGAGAACAGGAGACACGAGGAGGAUUAGCAGCUAAUAAUGUCCGCAAUGUGUUAUGUGAUUAUUUUACAUCAAAUGCAGGGGCUUUAAAAUGGCAAAUGUUAAAAAUAUAG